CAAGUUCAGUCUGAUUCCGGUGUCCGUGGUAGCAAGACGCACGUGACAGUGUUUCGACCUGAGAUCGACUUAGAAAAAAAAAGUUCAAAAUUCGGAAAAGUCGGUCGUAGGAGAGCCCGCUUUCUUCAGAUUGAUGUGAGUUAAAGUGUAUCGAGUUUCGGUUUUUUUCCUCUUCCGCGGGCGAUGACCGAGUGAGACGGGUUCGGUGCGAAGUCUUUUUCGUACGACGAAGUGUUCAAGUGACGAAGGAUGCAAAUGUGAUUGUGAUUGUGAAAAUCAGGAAUGGCGAUGUUGGCACUGCUCUCGGCAGCGGUUUUUGCCACGCUACUGACAGCCGCCCUCACGAAAUACGAGACCCCGGAGCAGUGCACAUGGGCGCCCGAGACGAACGACACUUCCAGCAGAUUCACCGUCACUUGCACUCUGCGAACCCUCGCCUCCGAAGGCGGCAAUUUCAGCCAUUUGCAAGUGGAAGGGACCGUAAGGCUGAAAGUCGAGUGUAGUGAUUUGUUGCUGUUCGAGAGUCCGCUUCCCCCGAGAUCCUUCCGGAGGCUGCAUCACCUAGAGGAGCUGAACAUAACAAACUGUAAGAUUUUGGAAAUUCCUACCGACGCGUUUGACGGGCUCCGCGAUUUGAAACUCCUCUCCGUCAGGACCCGCAACACUGAUUGGGGCGCGGGGAAGACGUUGGAAAUGACGACCGGGAGUUUCGACGGGCUUCGUCAGUUGCAGACGUUGGAGAUCGUCGACAGCAAUGUCCGUUCUGUGCCCGAAAACGUCUUCUGCACGCUCGGAAAUUUACAGACUAUCAAUUUUACAAGGAACAGUAUUCGCGAUGUGGAUUCGAUCGGUUUCAUGCCGCGCAAAGUGGCCAACACAGUUACAGUUUCGAGGAUCGAGUGCAGCGGCGGGACCGAUUUGAGGACGAUUGAUGUCUCUUACAACGACAUUCGAGUGCUUCCGCCCGAUUCGGGUCUGACCGGACUGCGACGCUUGCAGAACCUCUUUCUCCAAAAUAACGACAUUUCCGAAGUGACGUCGGAAUCUUUCAACGGCCUUACUUCCCUCCGAGUCCUAAAUCUCUCGAGCAACAAAUUAGAAUCUCUGCCGGAAAAUCUUUUCGCUUCGACCAGAGACCUCCGCGAGAUCCACCUCCAAAACAAUUCGUUGUACGAAUUGGCGAGGGGGUUGUUUCACCGGCUGGAACAGCUUUUGGUUUUGGACCUUUCCGUCAAUCAACUAAGCAGCAAUCAAAUCGACGACGGUACGUUCGUCGGCUUGAUCCGGCUCAUCAUAUUGAACCUCUCCCACAACACUCUGACCAGGAUCGACGCGAGGACUUUUAAGGACUUGUUUUUCCUCCAAAUAUUGGACUUGAGGAAUAACUCAAUUGGGUUUAUAGAAGACAACGCCUUUCUCCCCCUUUACAAUUUGCAUACGUUAAACAUAGCGGAGAACCGGCUCCAUCACAUCACGGCUCACCUCUUCAACGGCCUCUUUGUUCUUUCAAAGCUUACGCUCAACAACAAUCUCAUUGUAAACAUCGACUCUCAAGCCUUCAAAAAUUGUUCGGAUCUCAAAGAAUUGGAUCUCAGUUCAAACGCCAUCCAAGAAGUCCCGGAGGCUUUGAGCGAGCUUUCUUUCUUGAAAACCCUCGACCUCGGCGAAAACCAGAUCAGCAGCUUCAGAAACGGUUCGUUUAAAAAUCUGAACCAACUCACGGGUCUCAGGUUGAUCGAUAACGAGAUCGGAAACUUGACGAGAGGAAUGUUUUGGGACUUGACGGGCUUGCAAGUUUUAAAUUUGGCCAAGAACAAAAUACAACAGAUCGAGCGGGGCACUUUCGAGAGAAACACGGAGAUCGAAGCGAUACGGUUGGACGCCAACUUUUUAACCGACAUAAACGGCGUUUUCACUACUUUGGCCAGUCUCCUGUGGUUGAAUCUUUCAGGGAAUCACUUGGUCUGGUUUGAUUACGCUUUCGUUCCGAGCAAUUUGAAAUGGUUGGAUAUACACGGAAAUUACAUCGAGCGACUGGCAAAUUACUACAAAAUUCAGGACGAACUACACGUCAAGACCCUGGAUGCGAGCCACAACAGAAUCACGGAGUUAAACGACAUGUCGAUCCCCAACAGCGUGGAGGUGAUUUUUAUCAACAACAAUUUCAUAUCUUCCAUUCAACCGAACACGUUUUUCGAGAAGACUCACCUGGCCCGAGCCGACAUCUACGCCAACGAAUUGACGAAGCUCGAGUUGAACGCUUUGAGACUCCUGCCCGUACCGGGGAAUAAAUCGCUUCCAGAAUUCUACUUAGGCGGAAACCCGUUUAACUGUGAUUGUUCCAUGGACUGGUUGCCUCUGAUAAACAACAUGACUCAGAUGAGACAGUAUCCCCGGGUUAUGGACUUGGAAAAUGUGAUGUGCCGGAUGACUUAUUCUCGUGGGACAGUCGACAUCCCUACGACAGAAGCCAAACCGUCAGAGUUCGUCUGUAAAUACGAAACCCAUUGUUUCGCCCUCUGUCAUUGUUGUGACUUUGAUGCUUGCGAUUGCGAGAUGACCUGCCCUACAAAUUGUUCUUGCUAUCACGAUCAAACAUGGAAUACGAACGUGGUCGAUUGUUCGAGACAGAACAACGAUUUGAUACCGAGGAGGAUCCCGAUGGACGCCACUCACGUCUAUUUGGACGGAAACAACCUCAAGGAAUUACAAAACCACGUUUUCAUCGGGAGAAAAAAUAUGAGAGUACUCUUUGUGAACGCGAGUAAAAUCGAGACCAUUCAAAAUAGAACAUUCAACGGAUUAAACACACUACAAACGCUUCAUUUGGAAGAUAAUUUAAUUUCUGAGUUGAAAGGCUACGAAUUCGAACAUCUUUCCCAUCUGCGUGAGUUGUACCUCCAAAACAAUCUUAUCGCUCACAUCGGAAAUAUGACACUUGCGCCACUUCGUUCUCUCGAAAUAUUGAGAAUGGACGGAAACCGAUUGACGACUUUCGCCGUCUGGCAGCUCUCGGCGAAUGCGUAUUUGGUGGACAUCUCCCUCGGCAGCAAUCAGUGGUCCUGUAAGUGCAAAUUCCUCCAACAGUUCCAAACCUGGGUUUCCGACAACAGGCAUAAAGUGAUCGAUACCGACGAUCUUUGGUGUCACGGAAACGAGACCAAACCGCCCCAUAGAAGAUGGAUUGAUCUCAACGAUACGGUAUGCAGUGAUUAUUAUUCCGGAAGUUCAAUGAUUCAAAGUAUUAUCGUUUCGGACUAUUUGCCGAUGGUGAUCGUGACUCUGGCCGCUUUUCUCAUAGUUAUUUUCUUAACAGUUAUAAUGUUCAUAUUUCGAGAUCCUUUGCGCGUGUGGCUGUAUUCUCGAUACGGGGUGCGGUUGUUCCACUUCAAAACGGCCUCUUCGAAGCAUUACGGCGAAGACAGGGAGAAACUCUACGACGGCUACGUGGUUUACAGCCCCAAGGACGAAGAGUUCGUACUCCAAUCGAUAGUGGCUGAGCUAGAACACGGAAACCCUUCUUUUCAACUCUGCCUUCAUUACCGAGACCUUCCGCAUCACGCAGUCUCUUCGAAUUCUCCCUACAUGCAACACACGUCGCCGGUCGUCGUGGAAGCUGCCGAAGCGAGCAAGCGAGUCAUACUCGUUUUGUCGAGAAAUUUUUUGCAGACGGAAUGGUCCAGGUUCGAGUUCAGGUCCGCAUUGCACGAAGCUCUGAAGGGACGGAUUUUUAAAUUAGUUCUAGUUGAAGAGAGUAUUUUACCUGAGGCCGAACUGGACCCCGAUCUGAGGCCCUACCUGAAAACGGGCGCUCGAAUCCGAUGGGGUGAAAAACGUUUUUGGGAGAGGCUCCGUUAUGUCAUGCCCAGUGGGGACAACCAAAGAAAAUCGUGUAAUUAUAGGAGAAAUAUUAACAAUUUCAACAAAGAUCCUUCAGUGCAUCGGAGCAGCGGUCCGAACCACGCCUACUUGCAGGACAAAAACAAACAGACCGUCUCGCCGUCGUUGCAACACCACAUCAACAACCACCCGAUGUUCAAACAGGCGGCUGUCGCCAACAACGAAGUCACCGCACCGCCGGCCUACUCGUCGAGCAGCACGCUGUCCAGGACGCCGACCAAACAGGGCCAAGACGACCCGAAUUAUUCCUCGGCGACGACGGCGACCCCUUCCCCGCGACCCGUGCACCGCCAUCACACCUACAACAACAAGGAUAGGCCCACUUCCGAGCACAUUUACUCUUCCAUCGACUCGCCGGAGUACCCGACGUUCGAAAGGGCCGAUUCGAGGCGUACCAACGGAACUGCAGUGCCUCUUCACCAUCCCCCGCAGCCUUGGAGGUCGGGACCCUCCGUCGUGGACACCAGCGGAGUCCAGGCCUACCUCGUCUGAUACAGCGGCCCACGUCGGAUUUAGCUAAAAGGUACUCGAAAUAUAAGUAUCAUUAAAGAAAACUAUCCAUCGUAAAAAUACGGACGGAUAAAAAAGGAUAACUUCUAGUUUUUACUGAAACUCUAUAGACUAAUAGACUAUUGUUAUCAAUGUUAUAUAAAAAGGCACUGAAUUAAUGUUGGCUGUGAUAUUUUAACUUAGUAAUUAUAUAGACGAAACUCUGAAUCUAUGAUAAAGUGCCGAUUAUGUUUUUAAACAAAUGGUCUUGGGUACGAGGGAUCCACGGUCCUUUUUCCCCUCUCUUUCUAACCCUAUCUCCAUCGCAUCUUUCCCUUUCACACAUAUCUACAUAAAUAGAGGCGGUGUGCUUUAGGCGGGCGGGGAGCCGCACACCCACACCGAGUCUCUCGAUAGGGCCGACUGUGUUUUAUUGCCGAAUUAAUACUAUAAAAACCUGUGCGUACUUUGGGAAGAUACUCUCGCCACUCGACUACACGAUUCCCCACUUAAGCCGUUUCACGGAUU